UUCUUCCUUGCAGGCACCUAAGUGGCAGUAGGUUUAGGAUGAAGGUGGCGGGGCGGAGGCCGGCGGUCCCCGCCCGUGCCCUCUGCACCCCUGUCCCGAGGUCGGGAUGGCCGCGCCCACUCUGGAGGAUGGCAUUCCCUGUGGAUAUGCUGGAAAAUUGCAGCCAUGAGGAAUUGGAAAAUUCUGCUGAAGAUUACAUGUCAGAUUUAAGGUGUGGGGACCCUGAAAAUCCAGAGUGUUUUUCUCUUCUCAAUAUUACGAUUCCUAUUAGCCUGUCAAAUGUAGGCUUUGUACCUCUUUACGGUGGAGAUCAGACCCAGAAAAUUCUUGCUCUCUUUGCACCUGAAGAUUCACUGACAGCUGUGGCACUUUACCUUGCUGAUCAGUGGUGGGCUAUUGAUGAUAUUGUGAAAACAUCUGUUCCUUCAAGAGAGGGGCUUAAGCAGGUGAGCACUCUUGGGGAGAGAGUGGUUCUGUAUGUUCUGAAUCGAAUUAUUUAUAGAAAACAGGAAAUGGAGAGAAAUGAGAUCCCAUUCCUGUGUCAUAGCAGUACUGAUUAUGCUAAGAUUCUGUGGAAGAAAGGAGAGGCCAUUGGGUUUUAUUCAGUUAAGCCUACAGGAAGCAUAUGUGCCUCUUUUCUUACCCAAAGUUACCAACUGCCAGUUCUUGAUACAAUGUUUCUAAGAAAGAAAUGCAGAGGUAAAGAUUUUGGGCUUCACAUGCUGGAGGACUUUGUUGAUUCCUUUACAGAAGAUGCACUUGGCUUGCGGUAUCCGCUGUCUUCUCUCAUGUACACAGCUUGCAAGCAAUACUUUGAAAAGUACCCAGGAGACCAUGAACUCCUUUGGGAAGUUGAAGGUGUUGGACACUGGUACCAGCGAAUACCAGUCACCAGAGCAUUACAAAGAGAAGCACUUAAAAUUCCAGCAGUUUCUCAAAAUGAACCUAAAAGACCUAUGUCUGGAGAAUAUGGUCCUGCAUAUGUUCCAGAAUAUGAAGCAAGAACUGAAGACAAUCAGUCUAGUGAGAUGCAGCUAACUAUUGAUUCUCUAAAAGAUGCCUUUGCAAGCACUUCUGAAGGUCAUGAAAAAACAUCAGUUUCCACUCGUACUCGAAGUAGUAAUCUAAAGCGGCCAAAGAUUGGAAAGCGGUUUCAGGAUUCUGAAUUUAGCAGUUCUCAAGGCGAAGAUGAAAAGACCUCCCAGACUUCACCUACAGCUUCAUUAAACAAAUUGGAGUCCACUGCACGCCCAUCAGAGAGCUCAGAAGAAUUCCUGGAAGAAGAACCCGAACAGAGAGGGAUUGAAUUUGAGGAUGAAAGCAGUGAUAAAGAUGCACGGCCAGCACUGGAAACGCCACCACAGCAAGAGAAGCAAGAUGGUGAAAAGGAAUCUGAAUUAGAGCCUAUGAAUGGUGAGAUAAUGGAUGAUUCUCUUAAGACCUCACUUAUAACAGAAGAGGAAGACUCCACUAGUGAAAUUUUAGAUGAAGAAUUAAAAUUGCAGCCUUUUAAUUCCAGUGAAGAUUCUACAAAUCUUGUUCCACUGGUGGUAGAAUCUUCAAAACUCUCUGAGGCAGAUGCACCAGAUAAGACCCCACGUAUACCUGACUCAGAAAUGUUGAUGGAUGAAGGCACAUCUGAUGUAAAGGGGCACACAGAAGAGAAACUGUCCCUACUUCCAAGAAAGAAAGCACACUUUGGGAGUUCAGAUAAUGUUGCUACUAUGUCACAUGAAGAACGAUCUGAUGGUGGUUUUCCAAACUCUGUGAUAGCUGAAUUUUCUGAAGAACCAGUCUCUGAGAACUUAUCUCCCAAUACUACUUCCUCAUUGGAAGACCAGGGUGAGGAGGGGGUAUCUGAGCCCCAGGAAACAUCUACUGCUCUUCCUCAGAGUUCUUUGAUAGAGGUUGAACUUGAAGAUGUGCCAUUUUCACAGAAUGCAGGACAGAAGAACCAGUCAGAGGAGCAGUCUGAAGCAUCUUCUGAGCAACUGGAUCAGUUUACACAAUCGGCAGAAAAAGCUGUUGAUAGCAGCUCAGAGGAAAUAGAAGUGGAAGUGCCUGUGGUAGACAGGCGGAAUUUAAGAAGAAAGGCCAAAGGGCAUAAAGGACCUGCUAAGAAGAAAGCUAAGCUGACCUGAAGGAAGAAGAAAAGUGGAUGAUAAACCCUCUUCUUUGUAACAUAAUUGUUUUUAAAAUAUGGUAAUUAAUAAACAGCAUGGGGCACAGGA